AAAGCUGUAAUCAGCGGUAAAUAUGUUAUGAUGCCACACUCCAAACAGACGCCGAGCGGAGUGUUCGAAGCUGCGGGAGCGUACUUUGGCACCAGGAACACUUAGUGAAAUGCUGCCGAUGCGCGGCUCCGCUCUCUGUGGGCUGUGCGCAGAGUCUGGCCGCGGAUUCGGAUCAUCUGGGGUCGCUCUCUGGGGGAUUUGAGAGAUGAUGGACAGCUGUUGGACAUCGAUUCGGCGCAGAGGUUGGCGUUAAAACGAGCGCACUGUAACCCGGGAUAUAUUACCGACCAUGGAGCGAGGUGCUGUUGGCUGUGGCUGCCGGAGGAGAGGGAGCGGAUGAGUUUUCUCCUCCGUCGCUCAGAGCUUUAAGGAUCGUGAUGAUGCUUUUUGGACAAAUGUGAGGCUCCGACCUCCUUCCCUCCCUCCCCUCCCCCCCACCCCCCUUGGUCCAGGCUGUGAUGUUUAGUCAACACAGGUGCAUCAGGACUUGACAGGACCAGAUAACAGUCGAUGUGAUGGGAUUCACCCUUUGACGUCCCUCUACUCCAGCCUUUUCUGAUCAGUUAACGUGUGCAACACUGCAGGAAACGUCCGCAUUUCUAACGGAUUCACAGUGUAGUUGAUGGUGUUGCGCUGUGAUCUCUGGGGACUAUCUGAGUUGUGUAAUGGUUUUAUUUCUUCUACGACGCGCGCUGCUGUGCAAUCUCUCCACGGGUGGCACUUAAUUGGGCCCAAUGAUGUAGAAUCAAAUCCACCUGGAUCUAAUGGUCCCUCCUCUGUGACUUUUGCGCAUGUUCAAUUGUUUUAAUUCCCACAGCUUUCCACCGCUGCCGUUAAUGCUUUAUUUACCUGGUGUCAGUUUUAACAGAUUGCAGAAAAGCCUAAAUGUGGAAGAUAUAUGUAGUAAUUAGCUGUUCUGGCUUUAUUCUGUAGUUUUCAGACUCUUUUACCAUCUAUGGGAAAUGUAAUUGUCAACAGACAUUUGUUGCGCCUCUCCUUUGGGACUAAAUAGUUGCUUGUCCUUCUUAAAACAGACGCAAAAACUUUCCUCUGGGGGGUUUCGCGCUGCGUCCCGGUCUCCAUAAUGUCCAGAUCUAACAGUGUCAGCCCACCCGGAGUCGGUGCGCCCGUGUUGAGGGGAGGGACCGAGCACAGAUCAGCGUGGGGAGAGUCAGAGUCCGUGGCCAAUGGGUGCCCAUACUCAGGCAGAUCUCCGCGCAAGAAGCUCACUCGGACCAACAGUCGGUGGAGGGAAGAAGAUGACCCAGAGCAGCGGCCGCCCGGACGAACAACCACGACCGUCAGCAGGGUCAGCUUCAGGUCCCGGUCGGCUUGGCAGGACCAUGGAGACGAGAGCACCAGAGACAACAACCGCGCGUCUCCAAAGCGGCGUCCAGACGGCGAGGUGAGACCCAAGUCCGUGGAGCUGGGUCUGGAGGAGCAGCGCAGAGCCAAAGCCGUGCCCGGAGCUGGCGGGGACGAGGACGAGGUCAUGCCCGAGGUGAACCUUUCUCUGGUGGCUUGCUGCACCAGCGUCAUGCACAUUUUCAAAUCCAAGAAAUUCCAGUCGGAGAAGUUGGAGCGACUCUACCAGCGCUACUUUUUCCGCCUCAACCAGAGUAGCCUGACCAUGCUCAUGGCAGUGCUAGUCCUGGUCUUCACGGUUAUGUUGGGCUUCCACUGCUCCAGCGGUUCCUCGAGGCCCAUCGUAACCUACGCGGUGGUGUUUUCUCUGGCCAUCUUCCUCAUCCUCAUCCUCAUGGUGGUGUGCAACAGGAACGGCUUUCACCAGGACCAUAUGUGGAUCGUAUGUUACGUGGUGAUUCUGGUGGUGCUUGUGAUCCAGGUGAUCGGCGUGUUGCUGGUGCAGCCCAGAAAUGCCUCAGAGGGGAUCUGGUGGACCGUGUUCUUCAUACAUAUCAUCUACACCCUGCUGCCCGUCCGGAUGCGCGCAGCUGUCAUCACUGGAGUUAUUCUUUCUACCAUCCAUGUGGCUGUUUCUUGGAUGUUAAACGGCGCAGACAGCUUUCUGUGGAAGCAGAUCGUGUCCAACAUACUCAUAUUCUCCUGUACCAACAUCGUGGGCGUGUGCACCCAUUACCCCGCUGAGGGUUCCCAGAGGCAGGCCUUCCAGGAGACCAGGGAAUGCAUUCAGGCUCGCCUUCACUCCCAGAGGGAAAACCAGCAGCAGGAACGUCUCCUGCUCUCAGUGCUUCCACGCCAUGUUGCCAUGGAGAUGAAAGCUGACAUAAAUGCCAAGCAGGAGGACAUGAUGUUUCACAAGAUCUACAUCCAGAAGCACGACAACGUCAGCAUCUUAUUUGCCGACAUCGAGGGGUUCACCAGUUUGGCAUCCCAGUGCACAGCGCAGGAGCUGGUGAUGACUCUUAAUGAACUUUUUGCCCGCUUUGACAAGCUGGCAGCGGAGAACCACUGCCUGCGGAUUAAGAUCCUGGGCGACUGCUACUACUGUGUGUCUGGGCUGCCAGAGGCAAGGGCCGACCACGCCCACUGCUGUGUGGAGAUGGGCUUGGACAUGAUUGAGGCCAUCUCGCUGGUACGUGAGGUGACAGGGGUGAAUGUGAACAUGCGAGUUGGCAUCCACAGCGGCAGGGUGCACUGCGGGGUGCUGGGACUCAGGAAGUGGCAGUUUGAUGUGUGGUCGAAUGACGUUACAUUAGCCAAUCAGAUGGAGGCGGGGGGCAAAGCAGGACGCAUCCAUAUCACCAAGGCUACUUUGAAUUACCUGAACGGGGACUAUGAUGUGGAGACAGGAGCAGGGGGAGAAAGAAAUGCCUACCUGAAGAAGCACAACAUAGAAACCUACCUCAUUGUGGGCUGCAGUCAGAAACGGAAAGAGGAAAAAGCGAUGAUAGCCAAAAUGAACAGACAGCGGACAAAUUCUGUCACCCACAACAGCAGCCACUGGACAGACCGUCCAUUCUACAACCAUCUGGGCGGCAACCAGGUCUCCAAGGAGAUGAAGAGAAUGGGUUUUGAAGACCCCAAGGACAAGCAUUUCAUUUUCAGGAACACGCAGGAAAACCUAAACCCAGAGGACGAGGUGGACGAGUUCCUGGGCCGGGCUAUCGACGCGCGCAGCAUCGACCGCCUGCGCUCCGAACACGUCAAAAAGUUCCUACUCACCUUCAGAGAGCCUGACCUGGAGAAAAAGUACUCCAAGCAGGUGGACUCCAGGUUCGGAGCAUACGUGGCCUGUGCCUCCCUUGUCUUUCUUUUCAUCUGCGUCAUCCAGAUUGUCAUCAUGCCUCCCUCCAAUCUGAUGAUUGGCUUCUUCGUCACCUGCCUCAUUAUCUUGGCGGCUGUCAUGUUCGUGUCAGCUGUGUACUGUUGUUUUGGGCUUUUCCCCAUCCCACUGCAGACCCUUUCUAAGAGGAUAGUCCAGUCCAGACUGAACAGCACCCUGGUGGGCGUCUUCACCAUCAUCAUCGUCUUUCUUUCAGCCUUUAUCAAUAUUUUCACCUGCAGUAGCCAUGACCUGCGGAGCUGCAUUAUGUCUGAGCUCAACAUUAGCCUGGACAGCGUGAACGCCUGCCAUGCCCACCUUCUCAACUACAGCCUGAGUUCAAAGCAGAGACCCUGUGCAGACAACGCACCCAUCUGCAGUUUCCCUGAGUACUUCUCGUCCUGUGUGCUGCUCAGCCUGUUGGCCUGCUCCGUCUUCCUGCAGGUCAGCAGCAUUGGAAAACUCUUCCUCAUGCUCUUCAUUGAGUUGCUUUACCUUUUCAUCAUGGAGGUGGCCAAAGUCAGCCUCUUUGACAACCAGGACCUGCUGGUCAUGGCCAACGCCAUCAAUUACAUUGAGAACACCAAUGGAACAAGCUGUGUGAUGGACAACAAGGUUCCUCUGAAGAUCAUGACUCCUGUGGUCAUCACCGUCUUCGUUCUGGCCCUCUACCUUCAUGCCCAGCAGGUGGAGUCCACAGCCCGGUUGGACUUCCUCUGGAAGCUGCAGGCCACAGAGGAGAAGGAGGAGAUGGAAGAGCUGCAGGCCUACAACCGCCGUCUGCUCCACAACAUCCUGCCCAAAGACGUAGCCGCCCACUUCCUGCAGCGAGAACGGCGGAACGACGAGCUCUACUACCAGUCCUGCGAGUGUGUCGCUGUCAUGUUUGCCUCCAUCAGCAACUUCUCAGAGUUCUACGUGGAGCUGGAGGCCAACAAUGAAGGAGUAGAGUGUCUGCGACUCCUCAAUGAGAUCAUCGCUGACUUUGACGAGAUCAUCAGUGAGGACCAGUUCCGUCAGUUGGAGAAGAUCAAGACCAUCGGUUCCACAUACAUGGCUGCCUCCGGCCUCAACGACUCCACUUAUGACAAGGCCGGACGCUCACACAUCCGCGCACUGGCUGACUACGCCAUGAGGCUGAUGGACCAGAUGAAAUACAUCAAUGAACACUCCUUCAACAACUUCAAGAUGAAGAUAGGUCUGAACAUUGGCCCAGUGGUUGCUGGUGUGAUCGGGGCCAGGAAACCUCAGUAUGACAUCUGGGGGAACACGGUGAAUGUGGCGAGUCGUAUGGACAGCACAGGUGUACCAGAGAGGAUCCAGGUCACCACAGACCUGUACCAGGUACUGAACUCCUACAACUACACACUGGAGUAUAGAGGCGUGGUCACUGUAAAGGGCAAAGGCGAGAUGAUGACCUACUUCCUCACUGGCGGACCCUCCAGCAGUUAACCCCCGCUAACUCACAAAACUUUUAUUUGUAUCUGAUGAUCUGGGCAGGCUCACGGACCUCAGUUAGCUUGUGGCGGACACAAACUGAAUCUUUUCAUGCCGCCAAAGAAAUCCUUUACGUGUACCCACUGAGGCCACGAGGAAGAAUGAGGCAACUCGUUUCACAGGCCAGCCUGCAAAGAGGACCGCACGUGGUUAGCCCGAACCUGCUGCUGAGACCAAAGAUGUCCAAUCACAGUGCAGAGACUGAGUCUUGGUCCUGAAGGAAAAACUGCUCUGGGAGAAAUAAUAUUAGCUUCAGUCUGCCAGAUUAUCAGAAAGAUUUGGACCAACCUGCAGGAGGACAUGAACAGUGCCACUUCCUCUUUUGUUAUUUUAUUUUCUUUUUCCCCCCUGAGGUAUAUAUAUAUAUAUAUAUAUAUGUACAUGUAAAACACAGGUAGUUUUAUGUGUAUGUAUAUCUAUUUAUGUAUGUAAAAUACAUUUUAAUAUGUCGUGGUGACACAAGUACAAAUCUGUCAAGUUUGGACUCUCAGCCAGCACUGAAUCUGUCUUCAUAUCAGUUCCUGAUCAGUUAUUAACACGUAGGUGAAGGAGUGGCAGUUUUUGUAAAAGCUGAAAGAAAACACUCUGCAGUGUUUACAUGAAGCUUCCCAUUAUUAACGGGCUGUAUCGGCAGCAUCUAAACACACAGGAAACACAAAGAGGAUGUCAAUGAAGAGCUUUUUCUAAUCUUCGACAUUUUGUAUUUUGACUUGGAAAACACCAAAUCACCCUAUCAGCUAUUUUAAGAUUCUAUAUUUUGUACAAUAAUAUGUCAGAGAGCUAUCUAUAAGCACCAAUGUCUAUUCAGAUGUACAUACUCAAUCACCCUCACGUUGGGAUUGCAGAAGGCCUCUGUCAGUACCUGGUGUUUGUUGGCUGAUCAACACCAGCGCUGGCCCCGUUCCACUCACUCUUCUCAGCGAAUCGAGCACUCGGUUUGCAGCCGUCACUGCUGAUUUCUUGUACAAAUGGGAGAAUCUAACUGAGCGGAUGCACACACUGAAUGACAGACCAGAGCAACGGGGAAUGUGUCGGGUCCCUGUGCUCAAAAGCCAUUUUGCACUGCAGUUCUUUCAGCCAUCCACCCUCUGCCCUGCAUUGCCUCCCCCUUCCUUUGCUUGAUCAAUCAGAUGGUACGACCCAAUGAAUGUCCAAUUAUCUCCGAUGAGGCCUUUAUUAUGAACUCUGGACUGCUGACCGUGGUGAUACUCAUGUGAAAAUGUGCCCUUUGAACUCUUGUCUUUUUUUUUUUUUUCGCGUCAGUCUUUUCAGUAUUACAGCCUAAAUCACUGGUGGAAGGUCUUCACCCUGGCCCUUUUCUAGAUUUCAGCCAUUCUUAGUGGUGCCAAAUGUUAUAAAUAGAGGCCCAGAGUUCAGGAUUUAUCUGUAGAAAUGAUGGUUCUUUGAAGCAAUAUUGUAAUUUAAGGUGUAGUCGAUGAAGGGAUAAGGCCCAUAUUCUGUACUUCUUUAGUCCACAAAUCCCAGGAUGAGACAAAAGUCAACAACAGGCUGUGAUGUGGCUCAGCUUCAGGUCGGUUUGUUUUAGAUUUGUUUUUAGGUGAUGCACCCAUCCAUUGGAUGAGCAUCAGUACUGGUCAAUAUCCACUUUUAUGACUUGCAUCUGCAAAUUAAAUCUCAUGUCAGAACAUCUGUACUCCAUUCAGCAGUGUCAGUCCAGUUUCAUAUGGUACCAAGCAGUUGUUAGUGUCCUUCCUGAGUUUCAGUGGCCUGUGUUGUGUGCUGAACUGUAUUUGGCAACUUAAACAAUAGUUUGAAGUUGAACUAUUUGAUAUAAACUGAAUGUACCAGACACUAUUUGUUCUACUUAUGUGUGAAAAUGCUACUUGAGGUUACAAGUGAUAUUUACGGCACUUUUUGGGAUCUCAAGAUAAUGACAAUAAAUGUUACCUUUGGCUUUA